AGAGCCCACCACAACCCAACCGAACGUACACCAAAAUUACAAGGAAGUUUCUCUCUCCCAUGUCCAAAAGGUUCAUCUACGCAAAUGCCUAAAUUCGCAUAUAAAAUCACACCCUCCAUCAUCACUAUAGAAGGCUUAAACCGGUUGAGGAAGUGAACCUACCUCCGGCGUCACACAACAGCAACUGACCCCGAAACUCACUCGGCUUUAAGUAUCCACUACCCUCACCACGUUUCCUACUCUCCACUCACAAAUUACGCAUACAUCCGCCGAAAAAACUCACAAUGGCCAAGAAGAAGAAUAACAAUGGCGUCAAGAACAAGAACAAGAACAACUACACCAACAACAACGACGGGGGUGAGAAGAAGGAGGACGGCUCCAUCGCCUCUAAGAUUGUCAAACGGGUCAAACCUUUUCAAGGCGCUGAGUCGGUGAAAUCUGAGGGCCAAGCGAACAAGCGUACGGUGGUCGGAAAAGUGGACCCCACAAAGCUGAGAGACGAGCUGGCCACCAAGACCAAGAAGAAGGUCGACCUCGUCUCUCCCCAGCCCAAAAAGGACAACAAAGUCAACAAAGACGACGCCAUCGACACCAAGAAAAAGCAGCCUGAGAAAACAGACAACGACGAAAAACCCAAAGAGGCUGCGUUGAACUUGAGAAACUUGAGAGUUUUGAACUUUAGAAACUUGAGAGUUUUGAAAUUGACGAACUUGACAGUUUUGGACUUGAGACUUUCGAACCCGACGAACUUGAGACUUUCGAACUCGACGAACUUGAGACUUUCGAACUUCACAAACUUGAGACUUUCGAACUUCACAAACUUGAGAACCUUGUACCUGUCAGGGCGUGAGAUUUUUUCAGAGAUCGGAGGAAACGACGGGAACGACGGAAACGACGGAAAUGAAGGAAACGACGGGAACGACGGCAACGACGGCAACGACGGCAACGACGGCAACGACGGCAAUGGCAGUGGCGGUGGAGAUGAGAAGAAAAAGGAGGAAGACGAGGGCAAUGGUGGUGGCAAAAUGAAGUAUCCAGCGGGUCAGUCCGGCUUUGGACAAAUUUCAUAUGGAACGGUAUAUCGUCAUGGAUAUGGUUAUCAAAAUGGGGCACUCAAAACGGGGGAAAAAAUGUUGCUACUGUGCUGUGAGGUAUUUGGCUUACUAAUUAUGUACAACCACUUGGCCAUUCACAUCUACACUACGAGCAUCCACAGUGGAGUUGUAUUUUCAGGAGCGCAAAGUCACUUUUACAUUCCCUAUCUCCAAGGGAUGUAAAUAAGUUUUUUGCUCAAAUAGAAAACGAUGUAAUCUAAAGAUGCAUAUUCGAUUUGUUUGUGAUAAUUCAUUGUUGUGUGUUUUUUUUUUUU